GUUGAACAAAUUAUUGCAGAAUUUAAGAUCAAAGCCCUUGAAUGUCAUCCUGAUAAACAUCCUGGAAACCCCAAAGCAGUGGAGAAUUUCCAGAAGCUGCAGCAAGCUAAGGAGAUUCUUGCUAAUGAAGAGACUCGAGCGCGUUACGAUUACUGGCGCCGAAGCAAAAUUGCCAUUCCGUUCCAGCAGUGGGAGGCCCUGAGCAGCUCUGUGAAAACGUCAAUGCACUGGGCUGUCCCAAGUAAGAAGGACCAGAUGCUGGAAGCUCCUGACUUGGAUAAUAGCAACAACAUAACUAAUGAGAUUUGGACCCAACCAAAGAAUGAAGACAGAUUGUCAGAUGGGGACAGGGAGCAAGAGGAUGUUGCAAUUCCUGAUGUGAAACCACAGGCUUCAAAGAGUCCAGACUCCCCAAGAUUUUCAGAGGCAAAUUACUGGCACUUGCGUUUCCGCUGGUCAGGGGAUGCUCCAUCAGAGCUUCUGAGGAAAUUCAGAAACUAUGAGAUCUAA